GCCAUUUUCCUUUCUCCCUUUGACUGUCCUUUCGAGGACCGCCUUGCCCUGUGUUUUUCCGCCAGGGACUAAGCCAAUGAUGGCAGCCUCAGUGUCCACCUCCACCUCGAUUUCCAACCCCCUUCAUCAGGCUGAUUCCCGUCUGGGGCCUUUUCGCCGCCUGAGCCAACUGCGUGCCUAUACCCAAACUCAUUUUUCCGCUCCCCACUCUUCGUCCACAUCCUCGAAUCCUUCAACAUCCAACCCGCAACAGCGCCCUCGUCGCCACAGUAUUAGCGGUCGUCGACUGUCUUGGUUCUCCCCUCACAAUACGACGCGCACUGACUCCGCUCAACCGACGGCUGCGGAUCCAAGCCCAUGUCCCGACCCCCGUGCUGAACCUUCCAGACCGAAUCGAUACAGCGCGAUAUUAUUCCCAAGCUCCCGUGGUCUCGACAUAGACUCGCGAUCUGAUACUCAACCUUCCGAUUCCUCGAUUUCAAAUUCCUCGUCAGAAUCUUCAGGGCGACCGACAACUGAAGCCAUGGGCAGGCUGAGGACAGCGUCCGAAUCCCAUCAAAAUUCUCGAAGUGACCAAUCGUCCAGUGCACCAGCGUCAACUAGUAUUCAUAACUCAGCGCUCGAUUCGCCGGAUCCAGUCAUUACCUCUAAUAGCGCUUCGUCCGGGUCAUCGGGGUCAAAGUCGAAAAGGGGUGCAACGAUUCGAUUCUUCCCUCAUCAAGACCCGAGUCAAAGCUCGCGCCCGUCCUUACCCUUUAUCCCUAUCUCGCGAACUCUUCCAUCCGAUACCUGCAACAUUCGCGUCGGUCGAUAUUCUGAGCGAGAUGGUCUCCCACAGCCCAAUCCCAGCGAGCCAUCGGAUGCGCCUGUUGGAUUCAAGUCAAAAGUCGUGAGCCGGAAACAUUGUGAAUUCAUAUACCAAAAUGGCCAGUGGCAUAUCAAGGAUGUCGGAAGUUCAUCCGGGACCUUUUUAAACCAUAUGAGGCUAAGCCAGCCCGGCAUGCCGUCUCGGUUGUACACCAUCAAGGAUGGGGACAUUGUGCAGCUCGGAAUCGACUUCCGCGGAGGAGAAGAAAUGAUAUUUCGCUGUGUUCGCAUCAGGGUUGAGUGCAACCGGUCCUGGCAGCAGCAGCCGAACGAAUUCAACAAAAACACGGAAAGUCUUAUUAGAAACCUGGGGAAGGGUGACACCGCUGAUUAUUCUGGAUGUCGGGAAUGUUCUAUUUGUCUAGGAUCGGUCUUGUGCCCGAAUUGUCGUGCCUAUACCGACCUCAGUGCUGAGGUUGACGACUCGAAUGAUUAUGAGGCUGAGAGCUCGAACCAGCGGACAUCGGAUAGCAAGGAAGGGGCUGCAAAUGAAGUACGGUCUACGACAUGCUCCCCUCAACCGGGAACUAGCCGUACCUCCAGCGCCUCGCCUGCUAGUGAGGAUGGUCAGACGCCCGAAUUACCCGCCGACAACCUUGCUGCCAAUGUUGAGAGCAUGCAUCUCACCGAUGAGCAUCCGCCACGACCGGCUCCAGAGACCAUAACAUCUGCGCCGAACUCCAACAUUAAUGUCUCUGACUUGCAGCCACUGACUCAGUCCCCUACUGCGGUUCCGUCAAGACACGAAGAACUACGGGUGGACACCCCUAUGCGCUCAGAAUCCUCAGACGAAAACCCGUUGACCCCCAGAAACGAUUCUGGUCCUCUGGCGUUCGAUGGUCGAGCCUCAAUGUCAGAAUCUCGUCCGCUUUAAGACCUUGAAUCUUCAUGGGUGGUCACUGACCAGAUCUCGACUUCAACAUUAUUUUGCAUCGCAAGCAUAACUUUAAUCGGCCGUCUGUGCUGUAUGGCGUUUUUAUACUUACUUUUCUACCAUUUGCUGGUUGCAUUUCUUAGCAUUUAGCAUUGCGGCAUCUCUUUCUUGCCCUUGAUUGAUUAUACCCCUUCACGGCUUUGCUUUGACUAACUUAACACCCGUUGACAUCAGCGGUACCCGGCGUCCUUUGAUUCUGUUCGAUUGACACAUCCCGGUUCUCAAUUUUGCAUAGUCAUUCCAACAACGCAUUCGUUUAACUUCAAAUCUUUCCUGGAACCUGCCGGACUGGCGUUUCCUAAUCAUUAAGCCAUUUUUGAUGGACAUUCCCUACACUUAAUUCCUCGUCCUUCUGCCCCGUCACCGUCUUAAUGUCGACUGCACGGGACAAAUGAUAGAUACUGAUAUGUUACGGGUUUCACAAGACUAA